UCUUGUUUGUGUGAUCUUAGUAGCCAUUGUGUGUUUAAGCAACGAACCAUUUAACAAAAAAUCGCCGAUGUUUGUUCUAAUGAUACUUCUUUUAUCGUCUGCAAUUUAGUUUUAGCAAUACCGCAAGAACCUGAAUUAAGUGAAACUGAAGUAAUAAAAAGAUAGAACUUGCGGGGUAAAAGUUGGUCAAUAGAAAUAUUUCCGCGAAAGUUAUUGGAUCUAAAUGACUGUGGAAGAUGUAUUAAAUAGAAAACCGGAUCCGUAAAAAAGAGAUAUUGGGACCACGAGCUAAAUCUUUGGUAAACAACUCGAAAGUGCAUAUUGUUCGCCUUCCACUUCUGAAAAAAUCUCAGACAAGGAAAAUUGCACAUUCAUCAUGCUAAGAAAGUUGAUUUUAACAGUCCUCUUCUGUUUACCGCUGGUGUACGGGUAUCCAAGCGGGGCCCCACCAUCAGCUUGUGACAACAUGGUACCGGGACAUGGAAGUAACAAACCACAACCAAAUGAUACUUCACCUUACCAGAUUAUUCAAGAGACAGACAGCUAUAAUCCUGGAGACCACAUCGCAGUAUAUGUAAAUUCUCCGGUUGAUACACCGUUUAAAGGUUUAAUGGUACAAGCUUUUGAUCCUGAUACUGGCGACACAAUCGGAAAAUUCAUGGAAGGAAAUGGUCUACAUGACAUAGAGAAAUGUUCCAGUAUGACUCAUUCUGAUCCAAGCGACAAAAAAUCAGCUACUCUUAUCUGGAUUGCACCAGAUGACAAAUCUGGUAAAGUAAAUUUCAGGUAGGGCAAAAUCGUUUCA